AAACCCCACUGAAGAAGAAGAAGACGUGAUGAAUACAUCCCUGGUUUGUGGAUUGCAGUAGCACGUCGGACAUUACGCAGUAAUUGUAUAAUUAUCCGACCUUGCUCUGAUCUUGACUGUUUAGGAGCAUACAGUCUAGUACCGCAGUUUAACAAUGUUUGCAGUCAGGAGUGCAUUCCGCCUGGGAGCAAGAAUCACUGCGGUUUCAAGACGAGGAUGCGCUGCGGGUCUUCCAGUGGAUGAUGUCGUCAACGGGCUUACUGAGGAGCAGAUACAGGUAACGUUAGAUAGCUACUUCAGUGAACUUUUUACCUAGCUAGCUAACGGCCAAAGACAGCUGACAUACAGUCAACAAGCUCAGUUGAAAGUCUGCAUUGUGGAUUUUUAUGAAGGUACGAAACAGAAAGGUGUCAAGGACGCAUAGCUAGCUAGUGUUAGCGGCCAAAAUGACUGACUGUUAUGACAACUGUUGUGGCGAGAGUCGUAUUUAGAUGGCUCUGGUUGUAGCUACCUAUGUUGUCUGGACAUCGAGACGCUCGUUGUUAGGCUACCAGCUGUAACUCACUACUAGUCGGUUCAGUGUAAACGUAUGCACGGGGCAAACAAUGCUUUCAGACUUCUGGUAGCUACUGGUAUGUUCCUAGAAAAAGGUUACAUGCUAACGUCGGUGUGGACGAGGGGUGGGUUUCUUGGGCAGUUUUUGAUUGGGUGAAAGUUAGUGCAUGCAUGUGACGCUGCUCCGUUCAGAAAGGGAAGAAACGACUUUUUGCACAACAAUAACACAAUAUGUUGAUACUAUCUCGUAGUUAUUGUAUUGAUACAUUUUUUUUUUUUUUACAGUAUACAUGUGAACAUAUUCCGUUUGAAAUUCAUGUUGAUUCAUUUUUCUUGAUGUUAUUGCUGUCAUUCCCUAUUUUGUCCAGCUCCGACAGACAAUCCGGAGGUUCCUAGCAGAGAAGCUGGGACCCGUUGCCAAUGAGAUUGACAAGAGCAAUGAAUUUGUUGGGAUGCGGGUGAGAUGAUGAAAUAUACUUUACUAUUCUAAUAACAGCUGGUAAGCUAGGACUGCCCUACCAUAAUAGGAUGUAGUGUGUGUGUGGUAUUCUUCUUGAAUAAUUUUCAUACACUUGCAUAUCUUACUGUGGGCUGCACUGCUAACAUGAUAAUCCACCCCAAAUGAAUAUCAAGACAUCAUUAGAAUACAAUGACCUAAAUCAUAAAAAGACUGGACAUUGUAUAACCACAGUAUUACAAUAAAGAGCUAACACCUCGUUUUUUUUCUUCUCAUGUAGGUCUACAUUGAGUGUGUAUUUUGCGACUAAAAAAAGGCACUUUGUAAGACCCCUGGUUUACACCUGGUAACCUAUUGUUUUUUUUCAUGCAGGACUUCUGGAAGGACAUGGGUGACAUGGGACUUCUGGGUAUCACUGCCCCGUGUAAGAGAUGGAUAUUGUUUUCGGUUUAUGUAUUACCAUGUCUGUUUUCUUUGCUAUUUUGCCAGGUGUAAAAUAGUUUAGUUUCUCUGAUGUAGAAGUAGCAUCAUAACUAUGGUAACUCUUCCCUCCCCCCCCAGUGGAUUAUGGCGGUUCAGGAUUGGGUUACCUAGAUCAUGUGAUUGUGAUGGAGGAAAUGUCGCGAGUGUCAGCAGCUGUCGCCCUCAGCUACGGGGCACACUCAAACCUCUGUGUCAAUCAGAUGGUGCGCCAUGGCAACACGAAGCAGAAGGACAAGUACAUGGCCAAGGUGUGGAUCAUAUUUGUUGUCCCAUACAUGCUUAAUGCACCCUGAAGUAUAAAGGCAGCCUCAAAGUGCAAUAGCCAUGUGUUCUUUUUAUUUAUCCAAUAUGAAAUGUAUACCGUUGUUGUCUUUUCCCAGCUCAUGACAGGAGAGCAUGUUUGUGUCUGAUCUAUACAGGCAGUCUCAAAUUGAAAUAGCCAUGUUACAGUGCAUUCAGAAAGUAUUCAGACCCUUCACUUUUUGUUACGUUACAACCUUAUUCUAAAAUUGAUAAUCUAUUUUUUUCCUCAUCAAUCUACACACAAUACCCCAUAAUGACAAAGCAAAACCACGUUUUUAGAGAUUUUUGGCAAAAUGGAAAUGUCACAUUUACGUAAGUAUUCAGACCCUUUUGGCAGCAAUUACAGCCUCGAGUCUUCUUGGUUAUGACGUUACAAGCUUGGCACACCUGUAUUUGGGGAGUUUCUCCCAAUCUUCUCUGCAGAUCCUCUCAAUCUCUGUCAGGUUGGAUGGGGAGCGUCACUGCACAGCUAUUUUCAGGUCUCUCCAGAGAUGUUCAAUCAGGUUUAAGUCCGGGCUCUGGCUGGGCCACUCACGGACAUUCAGAGAGAGACUUGUCCCAAAGCCACUUCUGCGUUGUCUUGGCUGUGUGCGUAGGGUCGUUGUCCUGUUGGAAGGUGAACCUUCGCCCCAGUCUGAGGUCCUGAGCACCCUGGAGCAGGUUUUAAUCAAGGAUCUCUCUGUUAAUCUUUCCCUCAAUCCUGACUAGUCUCCCAGUCCCUGCCACUGCAAAACAUCCCCACAGCAUGAUGCUGCCACCACCAUGCUUCACUGUAUGGAUGGUAUUGGCCAGGUGAUGAGUGGCGCCUGCUUUCCUCCAGACGUGACGCUUGGAAUUCAGGCCAAAUAGUUCAAUUUUGGUUUCAUCAGACCAGAGAAUCUUAUUUCUCAUCCUUUUGGAAAACUCCAAGCGGGCUGUCAUGUGCCUUUUACUGAGGAGUGGCUUCCAUUUGGCCACUCUACCAUAAAGGCCUGAACGGUGGAGUGCUGCAGAAAUGGUUGUCCUUCUGGAAGGUUCUCCCAUCGCUUCAGAGGAGCUCUGUCAGAGUGACCAUCGGGUUCUUGGUCACCUCCCUGACCAAGGCCCUUCUCCCCCGAUUGCUCAGUUUGGGCGGCCAGCUCUAGGAAGAGUCUUGGUGGUUCCAAACUUCUUCCAUUUUAAGAAUGAUGGAGGCCACGGUGUUCUUGGGGACCUUCAAUGUUGCAGAAAUGUUUUGGUACCCUUCCCCAGAUCUGUGCCUCAACACAAUCCUGUCUCGGAGCACUACAGACAAUUCCUUUGACCUCAUGGCAUGUUUUUUGCUCUGACAUGCACUGUAAACUGUGGGACCUAAUAUAGACAGGUGUGUGCCUCUCCAAAUCAUGUCCAAUCAAUUGAAUUUACAACAGGUGGACUCCAAUCAAGUUGUAGAAAUAUCUCAAGGAUGAUCAAUAGAAACAAGAUGCACCUGAGCUCAGUUUCGAGUCUCAUAGCAAAGGGUCUGAAUACUGUAAAUAAGGUAUUUCAGUUUUAUUUUUAAAUAUACAUUAGCAAACAUUUUUAAAACCUGUUCGCUUUGUCAUUAGGGGGUAUUGUGUGUAGAUUGAGGGAAAACAAUUUAUUUAAUCAAUUUAGAAUAAGGCUGUAAUGUAACAAAAUGGAAAAAGUGAAGGGUUCUGAAUACUUUCCGAAAGCACUGUAUUAUCUUUCUAAUAUAAUUUCCCCAGCUCAUUACAGGAGAGCACGUGGGUGCCUUGGCAAUGAGUGAGCCCAACGCCGGAUCCGAUGUGGUGUCCAUGAAACUGAAGGCCAAGAAAGAAGGUGAGCCCUCUGGGACACUCUCCUCUUGCCCUAUUAGCACAAGCUCACUAACUACUGAGCCAGUUUCUUACCACUUAAAUGGCAUCCUUGCUGAUACUGCUGUCCAUCUCCUCUGGGUUUUAUUUUGCUGAAGGUGACCACUACAUUCUUAACGGUGGAAAGUUCUGGAUCACCAACGGGCCAGAUGCCGACGUUCUCAUUGUGUACGCUAAGACAGACCCAGAGGCUCAACAAAAGGGUAUCACAGCUUUCAUUGUGGAGAAGGCGAGUAUUUAUCGUAGGCAAUGAAACCAAACACCUUCCAUAUUCUGCUUACAAAAUCUUCACCAGUUAUGGGUCUGGGCCAGUGUUCCCUCAAAUGUUUUGGGGGACUGAGCAAAUUGCAGGUCUGCUGAGUGCAAACUUGAAACAUUUAGAAAAUUCUGUGCAACUUCCAGUGCGUGUUUACUGUGAACACUGAGGCUGUACCCGCUUUAAGUUACAGUUUUAACAGUGGCCAAGAAGGCUACUGUGGCUAUUUGAUCAUAAUGUAGGCCUACCAGAGUGGCCUACCAUCAAAAACAAUGGAGAAAAUGCAUCCCAUAACAUUUAAACAUGGAAAUAGCUGUUCUAUCGUUCAGCCUAUAGUAGCAGCCAAUGUGUGGUGUUCAAUGUAGGCCUACAUUCCAUGAGACUUUUGGAAGAAACACAUGCAGGGCUUGACAUUAACCUGUUUAUCCACUUGUCCUUCAGACACGGAGGUGACUGAAAAUGUUGUGGUGUUUGAUGCAAGAAACCACUUUACAAAAUAAAAUGCAUUAUUAUUCUCAUACCAUUUACAGAGAAUCAGACAAAUUAAUGUACCCUCUGCCUAUUGGCUACUUAGCUUAUUCAAGCCUGUCUCAAAAUACAACACUGCCCCUUUUAAGACAAAAAAAGCUCUUUACCUGACUAGUUUUUCAAAUAUGUCUAGGAAUGUACACGUUUUGUGCUCUUGUAGGAAGCAAUCACUCCCCUAUUGCUGACUACAAAUGAUCUAUAACUGGGCUAAAAACUCACUAACUAGCAAAGAAUAUGAACUAAAUGUGCACACGUGGCUACAUUCAGCUCUGGCUUUGAUCUCAAAACAAGUGAAUCUACUCACGACCGCUCAUGCUGUAAACACAGUCCAGUUCAAAGUAAAUGGCACAGAUACAUAUAUGGCAAUGGUCUAUAGCUCUGAUUGGUUAUGCCGCACAGGUAUGUGUAGAGUACGGGCUGAGUAGUGUGUCAAUGCAAUAGAAUCCUACUCCGAUUCGUUCUGCCUACAACAAAAUCUCUUGCAUAGUUCGGUUUUGUUUUCGGUAUGUUGCAUUGAAAGUGGCUAAUAUUGCGUUGAUUCGAUCACAAUUGCCACAGCAAAGGGAACCGUUGAGCGCGUUAACAGGGAAAACUCUAGAACAGUGGUCACCAACCCUUUCCGAGUCAAAAUGCAAGUCGAGAUCUACCGCUCAGAAUGUUUUUUUUUUUAACACGACUUAAAAAACGGAAGCCUAUGCAACAUUAACCAAUUACAAACAGUACUGUAGCAAUGAGGUUUGUGCAGUAAGCUAUCGGUCCAAUACAUUAUCACUGCAUAUUGGCUUUGCUUGAAUUGCCCUGCCAAUGCAUUGUUGUCCGAGACAGUUUUUAAAAUUAUAUUUCGAAAUUGAAGGUAGGCUAUAUGAUCACACCGGUAAUAGAGCCGUUGUUGUAUUACUUGUGAGGCACAGCUGAGUGAGCAUACAUUUUUAAAUAAUUUGCUUAUUUAUUUUUAUUUUACUGGGCUGAUUGUGCCUGCAUCUGAUGGUCAGUCUCAGCGGAGGCAGAGGGCAGCAGACUGAGGGUCCACCUCUUAACAUCCCUCCACUCUCCCUUUCCUCCACUGACACUGACCAAAAAGGGACACGUCUUCCAGCUGAUGGCGAAACUCGAGUCGCACCGCAUUAUUUCUGCCUACAAAUUCAUGUUACUCCUAUGAACAGAGAAAGUGAAAUAAUUCCUCAAUAUUAAAAAAGACCCAAGCUGGUAAUAAUAACACAAGCUUAUCUACACUUUUCCUACUCAUUCAUUACUGCUGCAGUGCUUGUUCUAGCACUGAGUGGAAAUAGGAAGAACGCUCAUUUUAUGGCUUAUAAAAGUGUUGAAUACAAAGUGUUGACAGUGCUGAGUAAGAAUGUAAACAUGAACUCACUCAUAAAAACAGCAGCUCUUAGCUGUAUUCGUUGAGUCUCUCUCUAGUCAUGGUUUUAAAUGUUUUUAAAUCUCACAGUGUCAACUUUGCUUUAGCUUUCUUUUAUGCCUGCUACGUUACUGCAGACACAGUAAUCGGAGCCAUCCGAUUGGCCAGCGGUAGGCCUAUAGUGCACUUGAUUUGCUCUCUGGGCCCGCCGGGAAGGCAGAGUUUGUACCUUCAGUCACAUGAAAUGGUUCAAAAUGGCAAUACUUCGACCUAUCCGUUGCGCAGGGCAGCAUAAUCUGGUGCACCUACCGUCAACAGCCCGAGACGAAUAAAACAAAACAGGAACACAAGGCUUUAUCGUUGGGUUUUUUACAGAAAUGUUUGGCGAUUGACUAGGAAUGCCUUUUGGAGGUCGAUCGCGAUCAACCGGUUGGUGACCACUGCUCUAGAAAGUUGAGUGAAGUUCAAUCUCGGGCUUAUCUCUAUGGGCUGAUAUUUCUUCUGCGCGGCUGUCUCGGGGCUACUGUGCGCCCGUGCAGUAGCCAUUGUUCUGAACCCGUUUACACUUCAUCAGUUAUGGGCCUGGGCCCCUUUUUACACUUUUAUUUUAUUAUGAUCAAUAAUGGAAAUGGUUCUGUCAGUCUUAGCCUCUACCUGGUCUGUACUAGGGUUUUGGGUAACUUUCCCAAAAUUUCCCAGGUUUUCCAGUAAUCGUGUUUGGAGGAUUCUGGAUAUCCUGCUUAUUCCCCCCUGGUUCUGGGAAUCUUCUAACCAGGAUUUCUGGAAAAGCUGGGAGUUUUGGGAAAGAUACUAGCAUUUUGCAACCGAAUUCUGAACAUGUUGGUAAAUUGUGCCCAAUGUUUAUUCCUACAGGGUAUGCCAGGGUUUAGUACGGCACAGAAGCUGGAUAAACUGGGAAUGAGGGGAUCCAACACCUGUGAACUUAUCUUUGAGGACUGCAAGAUUCCAGGUGUGUGGGUGUACAGUGCAUUCACAAAGUAUUCAGACCCCUUCACUUUUUCCACACUUUGUAACAUUACGGCCUUAUUCUAAAAUGGAUUUUAAAUCAAUUGUUUUCCUCAAUCUACGUGCAAUACUCCAUAAUGACAAAGCGAAAAAGUUUCAAUUUUUGGGGGGGUACAUUUAUGAAAAAUCUAAAACAGAAAUACCUUAUUUACAUAAGUAUUCAGACCCUUUGCUAUGAGACUCGAAAUUGAGCUCAGGUGCAUCCUGUUUCCGUUGAUCAUCCUUGAGAUAUUUCUACAACUUGAUUGGAGUCCACCUGUUGUAAAUUCAAUUGAUUGGACAUGAUUUGGAGAGGCACACACCUGUCUAUAUAAGGUCCCACAGUUGACAGUGCAUGUCAGAGCAAAAUCAAGCCAUGAUGUCGCAGGGAUUGUCCAUAGAGGAUUGUGUCAAGGCACAGAUCUGGGGAAGGGUACAAAAAAAUUUCUGCAGCAUUGAAGGUCCCCAAGAACACAGUGGCCUCCAUCAUUCUUAAAUGGAAGAAGUUUAGAACCACCAAGACUCUUCCAAGAGCUGGCUGCUCAGCCAAACUGACCAAUCGGGGGAGAAGGGCCUUGGUCAGGGAGGUGACCAAGAACCCGAUGGUCACUGACAGAGCUCCAGAGUUCCUCUGUGGAGAUGGGAGAACCUUCCAGAAGGACGACCAUCUCUGCAGCACUCCACCAAUCAGGCCUUUAUGGUAGAGUGGCCAGACGGAAGCCACUCUUCAGUAAAAGGCACAUUACAGCCCGCUUGGAGUUUGCCAAAAGGCACCUAAAGGACUCUCAGACUAUGAGAAACAAGAUUCUCUGGUCUGAUGAAACCCAGAUUGAUCUCUUUGGCCUGAAUGCCAAGCAUCACGUCUGGAGGAAACCUGGCACCAUCCCUACGGUGAAGCAUGGUGGUGGCAGCAUCAUGCUGUGGGGAUGUUUUUCAGCGGCAGGGACUGGGAGACUAGUCAGGAUCGAGGGGAAAGAUGAACGGAGCAAAGUACAGAGAGAUCCUUGAUGAAAACCUGCUCCAGAGCGUCUGGACCUCAGACUGGGGUGAAGGUUCACCUUCCAACAGGACAAUGACUCUAAGCACACAGCCAAGACAACGGAGCAGCUGCUUCGGGACAAGUCUCUGAAUGUCCCUGAGUGGCCCAGCCAGAGCCCAGACUUGAACCCGAUCGUACAUCUCUGGAGAGACCUGAAAAUAGCUGUGCAGCGACACUCCCCAUACAACCUGACAGAGCUUGAGAGGAUCUGCAGAGAAGAAUGGGAGAAACUCCUCAAAUACAGUUGUGCCAAGCUUGUAGCAUCAUACCCAAGAAGACUUGAGGCUGUAAUCGCUGCCAAAGGUGCUUUAACAAAGUACUGAGUAAAGGGUCUGAAUACUUAUGUAAAUGUUAGAUUUCAGUUUUCUAAAACCUGUUUUUGCUUUGUCAGUAUGGGGUAUUGUGUGUAGAUUGAGGGGGGGGGGGGUGGACAAUUUAAUCAAUUUUAGAAUAAGGCUCUAAUGUAACAAAGUGGAAAAAGACAAGGGGUCUGAAUACUUUCCAAAUGCAUUGUAUGUAUACAUGUGCCUGAGCGUGUGCACAUCCAUGUGAGUAUAUUCAGUAAUGCACAGAAUAGUUUUUAAUCAUUCUGAAUUACAUUUCAAUUGCAACAUCGUCUUUCGAUUAGAGGAGAAUAUCUUGGGCCCUCUCAACAAGGGUGUCUAUGUGAUGAUGAGUGGGCUUGACCUGGAGAGACUUGUGCUCGCAGCAGGACCUGUCGGGUAAAUAUACAUAUUCUGGACCUAAUGGUCCUUUUGGGUUUAUAACACAUGCCCAUGAGCAUAUUCUGUCUACGUAUAUCUAUGCUCUUCAGUGAAGAAAAUGCUCCCCUCUUUCAGCAUUAUGCAGUCUGUGAUGGACUUUUCCGUUCCCUACCUGCACGUUAGAGAAGCUUUCGGACAGAAGAUUGGACACUUCCAGGUGGGACAUCAACCAAAACCAUUCUCAGGCGGUCAAAUAAGAAAGGGCAUUUAUGUCAAUCAGAUUCAACUUACAACAGACCUACAUGUUUAAAAAAAAAAAUACGUAUUUCUCUUGCAUAUACCACUUCCUUGAAUGUUUUGAAAUUACUAAAUUUGAUGUGUGAGAAUUAAUAAUGCUAAAGCAUUCAAGAGGUGUGAUGAUGAUGAGGUAUAACCACUUUUUUGCCCUUUUCUGGAAUUGAUGUUUUUUUCCUUCCUACCAGUUGAUGCAAGCCAAGAUGGCCGACAUGUACACACGGCUUGGUGCCUGUAGACAGUAUUUGUAUAACGUGGCACGAGCCUGUGACAAGGGACACUGCAGUUCCAUGGUGAGCAUUCUCCAUAAAACAACCAAAAAAUACAUUUUAAUUAAUAAAUAAAUUGUAAUGUGGAAUUCAUAGAGGUAAUAGAAAACAUCUUGGAUGAAAGUGUUGAUGAAAAUGUAAUUUGAUAGAAAUAAAUAUUGUAUGGAACAGUAGUGACUUGGGCUGUCAUUGCAGGACUGUGCUGGGGUCAUUCUUUAUUGUGCUGAGAAUGCCACUCAAGUCGCUCUGGAUGGAAUUCAGUGCCUGGGUAAGAACCAAGCCCACCGUGCACUUCAUAGAAACAUGUUGAUCGUUGUAGCUAGUGUUAUCACUGCAUGCUCCGCUGUUUUACACUUGCGUUCAUCCUAACUAUAAUCUCUCUAGGGGGGUUGGGGGUGGAGGGCUUGUUUGUCAGUUGAUUUAUGUCAAGUCAUUGUUGCGUUUCUCCACCUGCAGGUGGCAACGGCUACAUUAAUGAUUACCCCAUGGGCCGUUUCCUGAGGGACGCCAAGCUGUACGAGAUUGGAGCAGGCACCAGCGAAGUGCGCAGGCUCAUCAUUGGUCGAGCCUUCAACGCCAUGUACAAGUAGACUUCGUCAUGUACAAGUAGGCUUCGUCAAUAACAAGUGGGCUUCGUCAUGUACAAGUAGGCCUUGAAAGCUGAAGAGAAGCAAAGCACACACUGGAUCACGACACCCAAAGGCCUUACACAAAAUACCACUAUACACUCUUAGAAAAAAAGGGCUUUUCGCCUGUCCUUGUGUAGGAGAACCAUGUAUUGAUUCCAGGUGAAGAACCCUUUGGUGAAAAAAGGGUUCUCCUACAGGGACAGCCGAGGAACACUUUAUGGUUCAGCAUAUCAGCUUUCUUUAAAGAUGUAGUCACGGACAACAAGCACCAGAGGAGCACCAUUGUUCAAGGUCCCAAGAUUGAUGAUUCGUCUGGUGUGGACUUGGAUCUCUGCCUCCAGUGUUUUAGAUACGAUGAGUAGUCUAGUUCGUCUGGCAUCAACCCAAUGAAGCUGUAUUUAUCAUACAAUAAAAUAUUAGGAAAUGUUGUUAAAAGGAACAGUUGUAUCAUUUAUUUAGGGCAUUUUUACCUUGAAUAGGGUUUCAUUGAUUCUACCCUGUAGUAAAAUGACCUUAGUCUGUCUGAAUAGUGGAGAGAUCCAGUGGUGUGUCUGACACUGAACCAUACAGUACGCUCUGUUAUGCAAGCAACAGCAUUUCAAACAUGACAAACUUCAGAUUAAUAUAUCCCCCUUCCAUUAGUUGUUGCCUUCCAUUGGUGUUUCCUGGGUACAUAGCUAUGCACACAAGUGGCUACAAUUAAUGACUUUUAAAAUUAGCGUUAUCUUUUUAUUGUGUCGUCACGCUCUCUUUUUUUCAAAGUAUUUGUAAACAACUUUCCAUUUACCUCAGUGGUGUUGAGCUGUGUAGAAAAUCCUCUCGAAUGAAUGUAAAGUGAAGAUAGUCAGCAAAACCAAUGUACUUGUACUGAACCAUGAUAUUUCCAUUAUACGAAAUAAUUUUUCACGUUUAAGAGCAAACAUAUUCAAUGGUUAAAUCAACUAAAAAUUGUCUGACGGGGAUAAAGAUUUGUUCACUCAUCAAAUCAGCGAGAUUUGGGUAAUUCCUCAAGUGUGUCAAACUGUAAGUAUCCAAGUUGGUUGGUUGUUUCCUGUUUGUGUAGAAUAAAAAAUGACUUGG